AUGAGUCACAUUUCUGGGAGCCUGCCUGGCCGCAAAGAGAGAAAGAUGAAAACCCACCAGGUGCUGGCCUUCCUCUUGCUCUUCGUGAUUGCCUCCGGGGCUUCUGAGAACGCCAGCACUUCCCGGGGCUGUGGACUGGAUCUCCUCCCUCAGUACGUGUCCCUGUGCGACCUGGACACCAUCUGGGGCAUCGUGGUGGAGGCGGUGGCUGGGGCAGGCGCCCUGAUCACGCUGCUCCUGAUGCUCAUCCUGUUGGUGCGGCUGCCAUUCAUCAAGGACAAGGAGAAAAAGGACCCCGUGGGCCUCCACUUCCUCUUCCUUCUGGGGACCCUGGGCCUCUUCGGGCUGACCUUCGCCUUCAUCAUCCGGGAGGACGAGACCAUCUGCUCGGUCCGCCGGUUCCUCUGGGGCGUCCUCUUCGCUCUCUGCUUCUCCUGCCUGCUGAGCCAGGCGUGGCGCGUGCGGAGGUUGGUGCGCCACGGCAAGAGUCCCUCGGGCUGGCAGCUGGUGGGCGUGGCGCUGUGUCUGAUGCUGGUGCAGGCCAUCAUCGCCAUCGAGUGGCUCGUGCUGACCGUGCUGCGUGACGCCAAGCCGGCCUGUGCCUACGAGCCCAUGGACUUUGUAAUGGCCCUCAUCUACGACAUGGUGCUGCUCGUGGCCGCCCUGGGGCUGGCGCUCUUCACGCUAUGCGGCAAGUUCAAGAAGUGGAAGCAGAAUGGGGCGUGCAUCCUGGUCACAGCCUUCCUGUCCGUGCUCAUCUGGGUGGCCUGGAUGACCAUGUACCUGUUCGGCAACGCCGAGCUGCGGCGGGGAGAUGCCUGGGGUGACCCCACCCUGGCCAUCACCCUGGUGGCCAGCGGCUGGGUCUUCGUCAUCUUCCACGCCAUUCCGGAGAUCCACUGCGCCAUCUUGCCAGCCCCGCAGGAGAACACGCCCAACUACUUCGACACCUCGCAGCCGCGGAUGCGGGAGACGGCGUUCGAGGAGGACGUGCAGCUGCCACGCCCCUACAUGGAGAACAAGGCCUUCUCGAUGGAUGAACACAAUGCAGCCCUCCGAACAGCGGGAUUUCGCAACGGCAGCUUGGGAAACAGACCGAGCGCUCCGUUCAGAAGCAACGUGUAUCAGCCCACUGAGAUGGCCGUUGUGCUCAAUGGAGGGACUAUCCCAACUGCUCCGCCAAGUUACACUGGAAGACACCUCUGGUGAAAGACUUUUAAGUUCCAGAGAAUAAGAAUCUCUCUUACCGAUUUUAUUCCCUGGCUGUGUCUUUCUUGAGGGAGAAAUCAGUAACAGUAGCCGAACAAGGCUGCCUCACAGCCGGGAGAUCUAGAAAUCCUACACAAGGGGAUUUUGUGUAAAUGUGAACACUGCUGAACCUAAAAGCUAACACCGACUGCCCUCCGUCCCCUGCCACACACACACACACACACACACACACACACACACACACACACGCGUAAUACCAAACCAACCUCAAUCCCUGCAAACUAAAGCAAAGCUAAUUGCAAAUAGUAUUAGGCUCACUCAAAAAUGUGGCUGGGAAGACUGUUUCAUCCUCCGGGGGUAGAACAGAACCACAUUCACAGUCGGUGGGCCGGGCUGGUGUUGGUUGACUGUGGAGCUCCCCACACCAUCGCCCCUCCGCAGCAAGUGCUGGACCUCAGGUGGCCUUUUUUGAGAUAACUGUUUCAUUGAGAGGACUAAUGGGACUUCUCCAUCAGCUUGCCUGUUGGUUUGCACAUUUCAGGGGGGUCAGGAGCAGUUACGGAGUUGUGGGUGUGAUCCUGGGGUAAGGCCCAGCCAAAUCACAGCAUGAGCUUUACAGCAGUAGUGGGGGAGGGACCCCAGCCUGUGCCAACGAAGAGAAGGCUAUCUGGGAGGUGAAGUGACUGUCACAUUUAAAAAGUGGUGACCCACCACUGUUCCCUCUCUGGGCCUCCUGCUGCAGGUCUACAGCAGAAAAGCAUGCCCGCCUCCCUCCUUGGAGCCAGAGCGAUAUUCCCGCUUGGGGCAGCAGUCUCUUUCCCUUGAUGAGCUCUCCCUCCUCCUGCUCUUGCCAGUGCUCCCCGAACCCCGCACCCUUUCCCAGUUUUAUUUCCAUGUUCAUUUCCAAAGCUCAGAUGGGCUGUCAGCUGACAGCCCUCCCCCACCCCCGUUGGCAGGCCAGAAGGCAGGUGCCACAGCGAUUGUCUGUGAUGAUGUCACAUGGCAGGGCAUCCCAGGGGAGAGGGGACACUCUGCUGCCUAGCAUGCAGUGAGUUCUCAGGUGUUAGACGUUGACGGAGUGCAAGUUCCAGGGAAGGCUGGAGCACUCGAGAGGUUCUUGCUGCUUUUGGAGGGUAUGUGGGACAUGUUUUGACUUGGUUUUCUGUAAGUUCCAUGCAAAUGGUUCUCUUCAAAGCCCAUUGUUUCUGUCAUGGUUUCCAUCUGUCCUAAGCAAGUCAUUCCUUUGUUAUUUGGCAUUUCCAACAUCUCGGCCAUUAAAAGCCCCAUGUUCUCUGCACUGUUUGGCCAGCAUAAUCACUAGCAGUGACACAAAGCAAAGAGUUUUAACUUGACGGCAUGAAAUGUAUAAAUGAGGGUGAGUCCUUUGGCAUAUACGCUAAUGAUUAUAUUGCUUUUUCUAUAAAACAACCCUUAAGCCUUUAACCUUUAAAGAAAAUGAAAAAGGUUAGUGUUUGGGGGGGCGGUGGGAGACUGACCUCUUCAUAAGCCAAUAUGUCUGAGCUGUUUUAAUAAACCUUCCGAUUUUUC